GACAAAUGCUGCUUGUAUUGGUGAUAGGUUUCCCAAGCUACUUGCAGCCAUAUUUCCCUUUAACUCAAAGGUUACCUCUCUGCCAGAAUAAAAGGCUUAAGCUUCUCCCAUUUUCCUUCAAGCCCAGGAAGACUGGUCUCUAACCUUUGUUGCACUUUGAGGACUACCAGUUCUGGACGUGUACUACUUGGUGUAUCAGAAGGAUGCAAGAGAACAGCUUGGAACCGAAUACGUCACUAGCUCAAAUUUUGAGAGAGAGCUACAUGGUUGACUCAAGAGCUGAGCGAAGGCAUGGUGAAACGGGGUCUGUGGACGCGUCUCCUCAGCAUCUGCUUUAUGGAACUCACCGUGGAAAAUCAGAAGGCUCUGUUGGACAGGAGGACCUUCCGGACCUCUCGGCCUUCUUAAGCAGUGAAGAGCUGCACAAAAGCGUCAACCUGGCACGGCAAGCCAUUGGUCAAGGCCCACAGGAAGAGAGGCUGGGGGAUGGCCCCCAUGCCCAAAACCCAUCACCUGAGAAAAGGAGGUACCCACAGUCUCAUCCACUGUCACCAGACAGGCAAACACAGCCAUCCGCUACCAAAGAAAACAGAAUCAAGAAUAACAGGAACCCAACAGAAUCUCAUUCAGAUUUUCAAAGGCCAGUAAGAAACACCCCGUAUGGACCUGAGACUCAGUCUAAAAAGGAAUUCCUUAACAAGGCCGCCGACUUCAUAGAAGAACUGUCUUCACUCUUUAAGGCCAACAGUUCUAAAAGGGUACGUCCCCGUGCCUGCAAAGCUCACAGAAGCAGAUCUAAUGUAAAGACUCAGUCAGACAGUGCUGUUUUUGCUUUCAAUUCAGAAGACAGAGAGAGACCAAUCUCCCUCUCACCUGACCAACUGAUAAUGGAAACAGGUGACAGAGAAGGUACCACCCCACCCAUUGGUAAUCAGCUGGACAUACAAGAGAGUUGCUUGGAGGAGGAAGAGUGUGGACAAGAGGAGGAAGAGUGUGGACGGGAGGAGGCUGAAGAGACUGAGCUCUGUGAUGGUGGAGAGGUGGAAGAAUGUGAAGCUGAAGGCCUGGAUUUAACCGCGGUCGAGCAGUCUGCAGAGCCUGUUCCAGAUCCUCCUAGGUUCAUUCAAAAGCUUAAGAGUAGAGAGGUACCAGAGGGUAGCAAGGUUCAGUUGGACUGCAUUGUAAGAGGAUUUCCUGUCCCUGAAGUUAGGUGGUUUUGUGAGGGGAAGGAGCUGGAGAACAGUCCUGAUAUUCAGAUUCUCAGCGUUGGAGAGCUGCACUCUCUCAUCAUUGCAGAGGCUUUUGAAGAAGACACCGGCCGCUACUCCUGUUUUGCCUCCAACUUCUAUGGCACGGACUCUACCUCUGCAGAAAUCUACAUUGAAGGUGCUUCUUCUUCUGAUUCAGAUGGAGAGCAGCAUUUUGUUGGUGUAACACAGGUGCCAAGGAAGACUUCUGCGUCUUUUCCCGUUUCACCACCAUCAACCAUUGUGGAAAAUUCCCUUUCCGCCCAGCCACCUGUCUGUCUGCCAGUUACACAGUAUCCUGAACAGGAAGCGCCUACUCUGCUACCUCUACAGGUGGCCACAACCCUAUCUGCACAAGUUUCCACUCCGCUACCUGCUCAGGAGUUGUCCACUCCUCUAUCUGCAGAAGUGGUAUCUAGUUCUCCACCAGCAGAGGUAUCUCCACUAUUACCUGCACCUGUGUCCACUGCAGAGGAAGUGCCCACUCCAAUACCGGUGCAGGUGUCUACUUCCCUCCCUGCACAGAUAACCACUGUGCUACCUGCAGAGGAGGUGUCCCCUCCAUUAUCUAUACAGGUGUCCACUCUUCUACCUGUACAGGAGGUUUCCACCCCGUUGCCUGUGCAAGUGUCCACUCCACUAACUGCACAGGUGACUACACAAAUACCUGUACAGGUGUCCUCAUCAAUAACUGCACCGGUGACAACGCCAAUACCUGUACAGGUGUCCCCAUCACUAACUGCACAGGUGACACAGCCAAUACCUGUACAGGUGUCCCCAUCACUAACUGCACAGGUGACAACGCCAAUACCUGUACAGGUGUCUCCAUCACUAACUGCACAGGUGACAACGUCAACACCUGUACAGGUGUCUCCAUCACUAACUGCACAGGUGACUACGCAAAUACCUGUACAGGUUUCCCCACCAAUAACUGCACAGGUGACAACGCCAAUACCUGUACAGGUGUCCACUCCAGUAACUGCACAGGUGACCACACCAGUGACUGUACAGGUCUCCCCAUCACUGACUGCACAGGUGACCAGGCAAAUACCUGUACAGGUGUCCCCACCACUAACUGCACAAGUGACAAAGCCAAUACCUGUACAGGUCUCCACUCCAGUAACUGUACAGGUGACUACACCAACACCUGUAAAGGUAUCUACUCCACUACCAUCAGAAGAGGUGUCCACUCCACCGCCCAUACAGUUGGUUACCUCACAGAGACCAUUUCUGGAGAGUGAAAACUGCGGUAGCUAUCCACAUGGUUUAGAUGGAAGACCAAUAAUGGCUGCCCCUGUUUUUACGAAGAGUCUUCAGGACGUGUCGGCCUUGGAGGGCCAGCUGGUAGUGCUGGAGUGCCGGGUAAAGGGGGUUCCCUCUCCGCGAGUGGACUGGUACAGAGAAGGGACUGUGAUAGAUGACUCCCCUGACUUCCGAAUCCUGCAAAAGAAGCCCCGCUCCAUGGCAGAAUCAGAGGAAAUAUGCACUUUGGUAAUUGCUGAAGUCUUCCCAGAAGACUCCGGAACAUUCACCUGCACAGCAGUCAACAAAUAUGGGACUGUGUCCAGCAUUGCACAGCUGAAAGUUAAAGCCAAAGCGAGUCGCACUAUUGACACCAAAGCAGCGAGCAAGGGAACUGCGGAGUUUGCCAAGCACAAAGCACCAGAGCCCGUCUCUGCAGUCCUCACUAGGCCCUGUCUGAAACCUCCGGAGGAAGCAAUGUCUGAAUCCCACACGUUCUCUGCGCAUCCGCUCAGCUCCAUAUUAAAGCCCCGGGUGGACCCAGCGCCGGCCGUCUCCAACACCCUCCCCCCUGAUCCCCUCUGCUUCAAGCUGCAAGGGUCAGAGGUCAGUGACGCUGAGCCCUGCACCCGCAGAAUGCUCCCCCGCGACCCUCCCCCCUCCAUUCUCAAGCCCAAACAGGAUGGCUUUGUGGCGGCCUCAGACCCCCCUGUCCCGCCGGGGACCCUGCCGAACUACGCCGAGUCCUGGCCCGGCCCCCCCGCCCCGGAGCCGCCCGCGUCCUGUCUUAAGCCUAAACUGGAAGGGGUCCUGGUGAACCACAAUGAGCCGCGGUCGAGCUCGCGGGUGGGCCUCCGCGUGCACUUCAAACUGCCAGAGGACGAGGCGUCUGAGGACAGUGAAUCCCACGACGCUCUGCACAAAGAACCCCCCCCUGUUCUGGCCAAGCCCAAACUGGACCCUGUGCAACUCCAGCUUCUCCACAACCAAGUACUACUUGAGCAACAGCAAGAAAGUGCCCCUCAAAGCCAGCAGGAGCCAUCCCCCUGGCCCCCCUCAGCUUACCCUGAACCCCAGCCUACCCCCAAUAAUCUCCUCAAUUCCACUGCCACAGCCCUGUCACAGACGGUGCAUACGACCAGCACGAACAUCUCCCAAAGCUACAGUUCCAACAGCAGCAGCAACAACAUGGCGCAGAAUUUCAGCUACACCAGGCCCAGGGAGUUUGUAGCUGCGCAGGGCCUCUCCCCCGUCAGCAGUCUCUCUGAGUCACUCUCGCCCACAGAAUCCCCAGUCCCCUUUCUUAAUGCCAUGGCAGCGCAGUUACCCCAGAGACCUGUCAGUUCCCCCCCAUUUUCUCCUACAGCCAAUCAGGUUACACCCCAUCCCCCCAAGCUCUUGCCAACAAGAGUCCUGAGGUCUCCCACUAGCCCCCCCGUGCUUGUUUCGUCACCCCCUCCGAUGCCCCACCACCUCUUCGGCUCAGGUUUCUCUCUACGGGCACAGUCCCCCCCACAAGCAUCUUCUCCGACCCCCAGUGGAUCCACGCCCAGCCCCAUCCAGAACCCAGUGGCCUUCCUUAGCUCGGUGCUUCCCUCCCUGCCUACAUCUCCUCCACCUCAAACCAAUGCCAUGGGACUGCCCAGGGGCGCCCCUGUCACACCAUCCCAAGGAGCAGUGAAGAGGUUCUCAAGAACCCAUCGAUCUCUCUCAGAUGAGGAGAUCCGGGACAGCAAAGACAACAUUGUACAAGACCUGGAGAGGAAACUACAUUUCAGAGACAAUUCUGCCCAAAAUGGGCAACAGAAACCUGCAUAUGAGAGGCAAAGUGGCAGACAGCUUGGACCAAACACUCCUGUAACUACUUUUAAUUACAAUGAGGAGUAUCGGGUGUCUAACUUCGAGCAAAGGCUGAUGAGUGAGAUUGAGUUUCGCCUGGAGCGAACACCAGUGGAGGAGUCUGACGAUGAAGUUCAGCACGAUGAGAUCCCCACUGGGAAAUGCAUUGCACCCAUCUUUGACAAGAAACUCAAGAACUACCGAGCCAUGGAGGGAGUGCCUGUGACAUUCAGCUGUAAAGUAGUUGGAAUUCCUGUUCCAAAGGUUUACUGGUUUAAGGAUGGAAAGCAGAUAUUGAAGAAAAAUACACAUUAUAAGAAGAUGAGAGAGGGGGAUGGAACCUGUGCUCUUCACAUCGAGGCCACCACAAAUGACGAUGAUGGGAACUACACUGUGAUGGCCGCCAACCCUCAGGGAAGAAUCAGCUGCUCUGGUCAUUUGAUUGUCCAGACUGGACCCAUACGGAGUCGGCUGACCCCGAUGAUCCAUUCUCAAAGAAUACGGUCCCGGGCGCAGGAAGCGGAGGAAGGGGAGCCUAUUCAGGAGCGCUUCUUUCGACCUCACUUCCUGCAGGCCCCAGGGGACAUGUUGGCUCAUGAAGGAAGAGUGUGCAGGUUGGACUGCAAGGUAAGUGGGCUACCAAGCCCAGACUUGAUGUGGCUUGUCAACGGGAAACCGAUUCUUCCGGAUUUUUGCCACAGAAUGCUGGUGAGGGAAAAUGGAGUUCACUCCCUGCUCAUCGACCCACUGAAGCAAAGUGAUGCAGGAACCUACACAUGUAUCGCAACAAACAAAGCAGGGCAGAGCUCUUUCUGUCUGGAGUUAAGCGUUGUGGCGAGAGAGGUGAAGAGACCCCCGGUGUUUGUGGAAAAGCUCCAGAACACGGGCAUUGCCGAGGGGUCACCGGUGAGGCUGGAGUGCAGGGUGGUGGGCAUGCCCCCUCCUGUCAUCUACUGGAAGAAGGACAAUGAGAGUAUUCCUCUCAUGAAGGAGAGAUUAAGCAUGCACCAGGAUGCAACAGGAUAUGUUUGCCUGCUGAUUCAGCCGACUAAGAAAGAGGAUGCUGCGUGGUACACAGUAUCAGCUAAAAAUGAAGCAGGAAUUGUGUCAUGCACAGCUAGGCUGGACAUAUAUGCUCAAUGGCACCAGCAGAUCCCCCUGCCCAUGAAGACCUCGCGGUCAGCGGGGAGUCGCUAUGCCGCCCUGGCCAGCCAGGGCCUGGACGUCCACUCAGCCUUCCCAACCAUGGAAAACAACCCCAUCCUGUUCACUAGCACUCCUGCAGAAGCUGCAAUGGAGAGCGAGGAACUGUAGGGGGCAGUGUUACAUACCCGGCCCAUCACCUGCGGCUCUCACCCUAUAAAUACCACUUUUGUUUUGAAUGUAACCUUUCACCAGAAUUGCACCUUUGCUAAAGUCCAUUAGAGUCCAUGUCUUUCAGGUUUAAAGCGGUCAUGCACAGGAUAGGAAACAUCUUGAUAGGUCUUUGUUGACUCACUGUAAUUUGUUAUUCCUGGCAAUAACUUGUAUUACUUUUAAAAAGGCUUUUGUGUUGUAUAUUUUUCAGGUUUUUUCUACUACCUGUCAAAUGUGAUGGUGGCAUUGGGGCUGAAAAAGCUAACACUCAUGUUAGCAUACCUUACAAUUGUUCCUUUGUUUUAGAUAUUUUGUGUUUGAUUUUUUUCUUGUUUUCUAUUGCCAAAUUGUCAGUAUAAAAAGAUUGGAUCUUAAUAUAAUUAAAAAAUAUCCUUUAUUGCAGAUUUUGUGGUACUUUAACUGAGAUAAACUGAGCUGGUAUGCAUA